AUAUGUUAACACGGGAAGAGUCAGAGCGGGCCCUCGCUUUCUCUCUAGGGUUUCUCUCUCUAUCAUCUCCUCUCAGUUUAUUAAGCUCGAUCACAACCGCCGAAGACCAAUUCAUCCAUCAUUCAAUCGGAAUCUAGGGCGAUUACACUGAGGUUUAGGUUUUGAGGAUGGAUGAGCCUAUGAAGCUGGAGAACCAUGCUUCAUCCGCUGCUGCGUUUGUGGAAGGUGGCGUGCAAGAUGCCUGCGAUGAUUCAUGUAGCAUAUGUCUUGAGGCUUUCUGUGAUAGUGAUCCAUCAACUGUGACUACUUGCAAGCAUGAGUUUCAUCUUCAAUGCAUUCUUGAAUGGUGCCAAAGAAGUUCCCAGUGCCCUAUGUGCUGGCAGCCCAUCAGCUUGAAGGAUCCUUCCAGCCAAGAGCUACUUGAGGCAGUUGAAAGCGAGCGAAAUAUUAGGUCUAAUCAAACACGAACAGCCACCAUUUUUCAUCACCCUGCUUUUGGGGAAUUUGAUCUUCAACAUUUGCCUGUUGGUGCUAAUGAUUCUGAACUUGAAGAACGCAUAAUCCAGCACCUUGCUGCUGCUGCUGCAAUGGGACGGGCACAUCAUAUUGGUAGAAGAGUAGUGCAGCGUGGUAGAUCUGGUGCUCAGGGCCACCCACAAUUUCUACUUUUUUCGACAAAUCCAAGUGCACCUUCUAGUGGGUCUGUUUCUGCAUCUUCCUCCCAGAGAGGAGAAGAUGAACCUACUCCUGCUAUUUUUUUCGCAAGUCCUUCAGCUCAUACUUCUGAUGAAGAACCUCCCCUUCGAGCCACAAAUGUGACUCCAGCUCAAUCUGAUCAGGUCAAUAUCUUGCCAUCUGGGACUACUGUGGGCUCAUUCACCGGAUCUGGCCUUUCUAGUAACAUGAAUAGCAGGAAUUCUCCAGGUCAAUCCUCUCCUGUUAAUCAUGAUAGAGCUGGGCCAUCAGAGGUCCAAUCUGUUCUGGAAUCUUUGAAGUCUCGCCUAAAUACUGUCUCAAUGAGGUACAAAGAAUCUGUUACCAAAAGCACAAGAGGAUGGAAAGAGAGGCUCUUUUCCCGUAACUCUUCUGUGGCAGAUCUUGGUUCUGAAGUCAGGAGGGAGGUUAAUGCUGGAAUUGCCACUGUCUCACGUUUGAUAGAGCGUUUGGAUACAAGAGAUGGUCGAAGAGCAACAGCAGUACCUGCUUCUCCAGAUGACCCAGGAAGAUUAUCGUCUUCAGAACCAAGUAUUGAGAGGGUUGCAGAGAAUGAAACUAACACCAUUGCUACUGGAAGUAACUCAUCUACUUCUUGUGCUACAAGCUCAGGUUCAAAUUGAUCUGUAGCUUGUCUUGAAAUUAAUUUCUGUGACUGAAGUUCUGCAUUCAAGAUACUGGCCUUUAUGGUUAUCAAUCAGGCAUUCCUGGUGCCUCAGGUGGUAGAAUGGGAAUCUUAUCUGGAUUUGUCGCGAGGCUAUCUUUUGGAUAUUGCGUCGAGUAACAUUGAUUUCGGGUUUUGUGAUGUCUGAUUCUGAGAACAAAAGCUGUGGAAAGAACAUCAUCUUUACAUUUGCUUUGGACUAUAUAUAUGUGUGUGUAAAUAUAUAUAUAUAUAUAUAUAUAUAUAUAUAAAUUCAACUAUGUAACAUUGUUGAUAAAAUGUUUACUAGCGUGAAUAAAUAUUCAUGAUUUGGUCCA